AUGCGGCUUGUUCUUCUGUCUCCAGUUUUGUUCGGUGCCGCCUCCGUGGCUACCAAAAUAUAUGCAGCCUCUUAUUCCGGCACCGUGACUACUCUGUCGCCACAGAAGUCGAAUGGAAGUUACGAGCUGUCAAUUGUCGCUCAGACAAAAGACUGUGGGAUCAGUCCAUCGUGGUUGACGUUGGAUGCUGACCACAACUUGAUGCUCUGCCUCAAUGAAGCAAUCGGGGGUUCAAAUGGGAGUCUCACCUCGUUCAGAGUCAACCCCAAUGGGUCCCUGACUACGCUGGAUGUCCUUGAGACCAUUACUGGCCCAGUCAUGUCGGCUAUCUAUACUAUUCCUAGCCAGCCUGAACGGCGUUUCGUUGCUGUCGCACACUACGAAGGCUCCGCUGUCACAGCCUACACACUGGACCCAGCAUCCGGUUCUCUAAAUCAAAUUCAAGAGUUCACCUACAAGCUUACUGCUCCUGGCACAGUACCCGACCGACAAGAUGCCUCUCAUCCACAUGGAACCAUCGUUGAUCCGACGGGACGUUUCGUUCUGGCUCCUGACUUGGGCAUGGAUCAAAUCCAUGUCUUCAAGAUUUCUCCUUCAAGUGGCCUUCUGCAACCCCAAAAGCCUUUGCUGGUGAAACCUGGAUCAGGGCCACGACACGCUGUGUUUUGGACACCCAAGCCCAAUGUUGCCUCAACUGAUGACACAUACUUGUACCUUGUCUCCGAAUUGGGCAAUUCAUUGACUGCAUUCAAGGUUCAAUAUUCUCACCAUGGCCUGAGCUUUGUUAAGGUUCACGAGGAGAGCACUUACGGUGGAAAUGCUGCCCCAAGUGGCUCUAAGGCCUCAGGAAUUCAGAUUUCGCCUGAGAAUGAUCGUAUUGUGGUCUCCAACCGCGGCGAUGACACUUUCGGCAAGGACGGUGACUCUUUUGCUGUCUUCACUUGCGUCAACACCCGCGGAAGCCUUGACAAUAAGUUCUCAUUCGUCGGCUUGUAUCCAGCUUACGGUUCGUUCCCCCGUGAAUUCACCAUUAAUAACCAAGGCGGAGAGAUCGCGGUGGCGUUGCAAAACAGCCACGAGGUGUCUUUGGUUCAGUGGGAUGAACAGAAGAAGAACCCCGGAAAGCUUCUCUCUAAAGUGAAGUUGGAUGGGGAGAUUCCUGCUGCAAUCUGGGGCCCCUGA